GGCGACCGCCGCCGAAGGUCACCUGGUGGCGCGAUGGCAACGAGCUGAUCGGCACCAGCCACACGUCCGUGGAGGAGGGCGCCACGGUUAUGGUCAACCAGCUGCUGAUUGGCACCACGACGCGCGACUACUAUGGGGCGCGCAUUGAGUGCCGUGCGCAGGGCACACGCCUGCUGCAGCCCGUCACCAAGGACGUCACCGUGCAGGUGCACCUGAAGCCAAUUCGCGUCAAGAUCAUCACGCCCAACGACCUGCUCACGGCGGGCCAUCCCAUUGCCAUACGCUGCGAGUCCUGGGGCUCCUAUCCGGCGGCCAAGAUUGUCUGGCUGCUGGACGGCGAGCCCAUACGCAAUGCCGAGGUGACUCUCAACAACGACAAAGAGGUAAGUGCAGCUGGCUCUGAGUUGCCUCAACGAAAUGAAACAAAAACAGGUAUUUGCAGAACUUUUACGACAAUUUUUUUUUUGCUGUUCAUGUUUGACAUUUGA